CGGUUGCUGAAUUCGCACAUUGUAACUGGUUAAAGAUACUGGAGAGGAUUGUUACAUUUAGUCCAGCAGAUUUCAACCAGUAACUUACUGUAUAACUCCAAUUACCUGAAGUCAUCAUGGGGUCCAAAUCAGAAGCAGACAUGUCACCAAAGCUUACAGGGGAGCUUCUCCGGUUGCUUCGACAAGCAAUGAAGAAUUGUAAAAACUUUUCAGAGCCUUUACAGGCCUACAUCGUCCCGUCUGGAGAUGCACAUCAGAGUGAAUACAUUGCACCAUGUGACUGCAGACGUGAAUUUAUCUGUGGAUUCAACGGCUCUGCUGGAACCGCCAUCAUCACGGAGCAGCACGCUGCGAUGUGGACUGAUGGUCGAUAUUUCCUCCAAGCCAGCCAACAGAUGGACAACAACUGGAAUCUUAUGAAGAUGGGACUGAAGGAGACACCUUCCCAGGAGGACUGGCUGAUCAGCGUCCUGCCGGAGAACUCCAAAGUGGGAGUGGAUCCUUGGAUCAUUGCUGCUGACCAGUGGAAGAACAUGACCAAGGCUCUGACCGGUGCUGGCCACUCACUGGUGGCCGUGCAGGAUAACCUGAUCGAUAUAGUCUGGACAGACCGACCAGAGAGACCCAGCACACAACUCCGCACCCUGGGACUAGACUACACUGGUACUUCCUGGCAGGACAAGAUCACCACACUGCGAGCCAAGAUGUCAGAGAGGAAAAUCUCCUGGUUUGUUGCGACAGCACUGGAUGAGAUUGCAUGGCUGUUCAACCUCCGUGGUGCUGACAUUGAGUACAACCCUGUUUUCUUCGCAUACGCCAUCGUAGGAAUGAGCUCUUUAAGGUUUUUCGUGGACCUAAAACGUCUUUCUGAGCCCGCGUUGAGGGACCAUCUGCAGCUGGACUCCCCCAGCAAGCCUGAGCUCAGCAUCCAGGCAUUCCCUUAUGAGUCCGUCUACAUGGAGCUCCAGGCCAUCUGCGCUGCGCUCGGCCCAAAGGAGAAAGUUUGGAUCUGUGACAAGGCCAGUUGUGCUCUCACGCAAGUCAUCCCCAAGAUCCACAGAACCCCGAUUCCCUACACUCCACUCUGCCUUGCUAAGGCUGUGAAAAACGCGACUGAGAUUCAAGGCAUGAAAAUGGCCCACAUCAAGGAUGCGGUUGCCCUCUGUGAACUAUUUGCUUGGCUGGAAAAGGAGAUACCAAAAGGGACCGUGACCGAGAUCUCUGCUGCUGACAAGGCUGAAGAAUUUCGCAGCCAGCAGAAAGAAUUUGUCGGCCUCAGUUUCCCUACAAUCUCAAGUGUGGGCCCAAACGGAGCAAUCAUACAUUACAGACCACUGCCUGAAACCAACCGAACUCUGAGCCUGAAUGAAGUUUACCUGAUCGACUCGGGAGCUCAAUACAUUGAUGGAACCACAGACGUCACACGCACCGUGCACUUUGGUACACCAUCUGCUUUUGAGAAGGAAUGCUUUACAUAUGUGCUGAAGGGACACAUAGCUGUGAGUGCUGCCAUUUUCCCCAAUGGAACCAAAGGCCACCUCUUGGAUUCGUUUGCCCGUGCAGCCCUGUGGGAGUCGGGAUUGGACUACCUCCACGGAACGGGUCACGGUGUGGGCUGCUUCCUCAACGUCCACGAGGGGCCCUGCGGCAUCAGUUACAAAACCUUCGCCGACGAACCUCUGGAGGCGGGGAUGAUUGUCAGUGACGAGCCUGGAUACUAUGAAGAUGGAUCUUUUGGCAUUCGUAUUGAAAAUGUGGUCCUUGUUGUAUCAGCUAAGCCCAAAUACAAUUACAGAAACAGGGGAAGUCUGACAUUUGAGCCUCUCACUUUGGUCCCUAUCCAAGUGAAAAUGAUGAACACAGAGCUGCUCACUCAGAAAGAGAGAGACUGGGUGAACGAGUACCACCGGCAGUGCAGGGAGGUGAUCGGAGCAGAGCUGGAGCGGCAGGGCAGGAAGGAGGCGCUGCUGUGGCUGACCAGAGAGACCCAGCCCAUCGUCUGACACGUCACUCCCAUGACAUCGGAUCACUCUCUCCAGGGCCAAUUCCCGAUUGCUCUGCAGUGAUAAUCAUUCGUUUUUGUGUCUCACACUCAGCGUCUUUUUGUAAAGCCCAUCCCAUCAGCAGUUUUAUUAAAGAUAGGUAAGAAUCAAA